AGCAUCAAAAACCCAACUGCCAAAACUUUGGCAUGAUAAGGAAACAGAACAGAGGAGGCAAUGGGUGCAUGCAAAUCACCAAUGUUCCAUCUCCUCUCCUCAUCAAAUCCCAACACUGAAACCCUCACAAACCCUUUGUUAAACCCUGAAACCACCACCAGGCGCUUCCUUCUCUUCUCACUCCCUCUUUCCACUGUUUCCACUCUUAUCAUCCUUCCAAGCAGUACCCCUGGCACUGGAGGUUGCAGUAGUAAGCUUGAGCCCAGCUUCAUGGGUGCUUUAGCUGCGAGUUUUGACCCGGUGAGCCAGGCUGACAGAGACGCCAGCGCUGUCAUUACCCGGAGAGUAUCUGAAGCUGUAGAGUUGUUGGAGAGAGGGAAGGAGUUGCAGGCUCAGGGUGACUUCCCCAAAGCUCUUCAAAUCUUUACCACGGUGGUUGAAAAUUAUAAAGAUUUUGCAUUCUCAGACUAUGCAAGAGUUGGUAGGGCAUUGGCCUUAUAUGAGGUUGGGGACAGAGAGGAAGCUAUUGCAGAGAUGGAGGAUGUUUCAAUAUCUUUAAAGGGAUAUCCAGAAGUACAUGCUGCUCUUGCAGCAGCCUUAUAUGUGGACAAACAUGCACCACUGCUAGCAGAAAAUCAGUUUGCGAUUGCAACUCUACUUGAUCCUCACUUUACAGAUAUCUCAUACGUUGUAGAAACAAAGCAUUGGCCUCCAAGUUUGAGACGUGCUUCCAAACUGUACUCAAAUAAAAAACAAUGUGCAGACAAAUCAGCCUGGUAUAUCUGUUUCAAUGAAAGCUUAUAAAGAAAAAGAAUGAAUCUACCAAGCUUAAGAGUCCCAUCAACUUGCAUCAAUUGGAUGGGAGUUGCUGUUGCCUCUCUGGAUUUAUUCACAAAAAUUGGUGGCCAUGAUAGCCAAGUGGAAACUUCCUUCUAUCAGGAUUCUUGGUGGGUCUAAGGUAAACAGUGUCUUGUCGUUUGGACCAAGGCCUUGCUUGGUAGGAUAGGAUGGUAGAAUUUUUUAUUUCAACCUAGAAGAAAGUUGAAAAAUGGGGAAAAGGGUAUUCAAACUUUGAAUCGUGAACCCAGAUGAAGGCUAACAAUUUUUAGCAUCAAUUUUUGCCAUAAUAAUUGGAUUAAAAACAAAAUCUUUUCCAUCUCCCUAAUUAAGAAAUAUUUUAAGAAUAGUAGCAGAUGUUUAAGCUGCCAAGUUUUUUAUAUAUGAUGGUGUUUUUUGGUAUAAUACCGGUCUGAUUAAUCAGAUUUCAUAAUGAAAACUAAACUAAUCAACUUGAAUUAUUUUAUUAUAUUUAAGUAUUUAGCUUAUUGAUAGA